AUGAUGACCCCAUAUAGGGGGAGAGGCCACGGUUAUAGUCGUGGUGGAAGAGGGAGUAACAAUAUAUUACCCCAACCAGAAUCAAACAUUCCUCUAAUAGGGGAUUGGACUACAGUUUACAAAGGAAGAAAAAUGCAGCAAUUACCUGCAUCUUCAUCAAAAAAGGAAGAUAUAGAUUCCCCCUUUUCUAAUAAAAAUACAUCCUACAAGGAAAUUACGGUUAAUAACCCAUCUAAAGAACAAAUGGAUUAUUUUGAAAAUCCAGUAACUGAAAAAAUCAUGUAUAUUGAUGAAGAAGAUAUUAAGAUAAAUCCAAAUGAUGGAUGGUCUAUCAAAACCAGAUACCUCGAAUCAAGAGGAUAUCCAGGUCUUCAUGGAAAAUCUAGGCCUCACCUAGAGAUUCUUUUGACUGUUACCAAAUCGGUAACAAUUACUCACCACUACCAGAACAAUAAUCUUGAAAGUUUUAUAAACUUCAGUAAAUGCCAUAUUAAUAAAAUCUUGUUACCAAGAGAAUGGGGUCUUAACCCAAAUGGUGAAAAGGCAAUAAGGAUUGUUGAAGGAAAGUAUAUCUACUUCAAUUACUGGGACUAUGUCCAAGCUUUCACUCAAGCUUUUUAUUACCAAAAUCCUAAGAACAAAUAUUCUUGGUUUUUCUAUAUUAAUCCAGAAAUGAUUAAUAAACCCAUACCAAAUUGGUUUUACGAAUGA